UGUCUCCGCAGCACUGACAGAGGCUGUGCAUGUCCCUGUACUAUUAGAAACUUUACCGAUUACUUUUUGUUUUGUAGUUUUCAUUAUUUUUUUGAGAGCUGAGCCACUGAAAAAAGGAAGCGGGAGCAGAAUUUUGAGGGCAAUUAUGAAAAACGCGGAGCAGUGAAUUUUAUUUCCCGUUGACAGCUGAAAAGGAGGAGAUGGAGAACAAGGCCAUGUAUCUGAGCACAAAUGAAGAGAGAGAGAACGUCUCACUUUAUGAAGAGGCCUAUGAUGGACACAACUUGUCCAAACUCAACCUGUGUGAUGAAGUUUCUACAAAGCGUCGCAGGAAGCAGGACCAGUGUUGCAGCCAUCUGAACUCCCUCUCAUCUAUCAAGUACGCCAUUGUUUUCCUCUACAUCCUGGUUCUUCUCACCAUAUUUGGACUUUGCCUUGCAGUCUCUCGCUCCCAGGUGUCUUCUCAGCGGCAGGAGGUGCUGACGGAGAAUGCGACCCGGAUGUCAGAGCGCUCCCAGCUGCUUCAGCAGACCCUGGGAGAGAAGUCCAAACAAGCUGACCUGCUGGAGAACAUCUGGAAACUGGAAAACCUCUUCCAGAACCACAGCAACUGGCUGCAGAGGCUGGAGAUCUUCAUCAAGGGCUUGGAGGUGGAGCUGAGGAGCAUGCAGGCUCACUCUCUACAGUCAGAAGGCUACCUGGUGCAGUUGGAUGACAGGUUGUCCUCGCUAAGCAGCUCCGCGGGUCGGAACCUGACGAGCUUGAGUUCGGAGGUGGCCCGAGCAUCCACGUGGCUUCGUGAUCAUGAUGUCCUACUGAGGGAAACCUCGAGUCAUGUGAGUGAACUGAGGGAAAAAUUAGACGAGGUCAACUGGACAGUGGGAGCUGUCAACCACACCUUCAGCAACGAUGUCAGUAUUCACCAUUUGAAGAUACGUGACUUACAGAUCCAGAUCAGCAACAUAACAGAGGACACCAGCAGUUUAUGGGUGACCCAUGUCCACACGGAGGCCCAGUUGAGGAAUGAGAUGGAGAUCCUGAACACAAUCACAGAGGACCUCCGUUUGAAGGACUGGGAGCACUCCACGGCUCUGAAGAACCUCACAAUAUUAGAAGGACCUCCAGGGCCUAAGGGAGAGAAAGGGGACACUGGAGAAUUGGGCCCCCCUGGGGUUCCUGGUUUGACUGGCUUGAGAGGAUUUACCGGAGAAAAAGGCAACCAGGGCCCUCGGGGAAUGAAAGGGUCUGGUGGGGUUGAUGGCAUGCCGGGAGAAAGAGGAGACGUUGGACCUGCCGGGCCUAAAGGUAACCGAGGAGAAAGGGGUUUCAAGGGAGAGAAGGGUGAACGGGGUGAGCGAGGAGACAGACCAGUGGAGGAGACCUUGGUACGGUUGGUGAAUGGGUCAGGUCUUCACGAAGGCCGUGUGGAAGUUUUCCAUGAACAUCGCUGGGGAACCGUGUGCGAUGAUGUCUGGGAUAAAAAGGAUGGAGAUGUAGUCUGCAGGAUGCUGGGAUACCAAGGAGCAACUGAGGUUCAUAAGACUGGACGCUUCGGGCAGGGUACUGGUCUGAUCUGGAUGGAUGAUGUUGCAUGCGCAGGGACAGAAGACAGUAUUCACCAGUGUAAGUUUUCCGGUUGGGGCAAAACCAACUGUGGCCACGUCGAGGACGCUGGUGUGACCUGCACCGUCUGAACUUUCAGGAUCCCAACACUGCUGCAGCUGCCAAGUAUCACCCAAACGCUGCCUUAAACUUCAAGUGCUGAAAGCCCUGCCGUGUGCAGCAAGAGUGUCAUAUUAGUAGUAUGCUGCCUACUUACCUAUAAAAAAAAGUGCCAACUCACCUGAUGCAUGAACUUAACCUGCAGCUUGGUUAGAAGUUCAUGACUAAACAUAUCUAUAUGAGCCACGGGAUUGAAUCACAGUGCAGCUUUUGCCAACAUAAAAGUUAUGUUUUCAUUAACUCUACAGUAUGAGCUGAAGGAUGAUCACAUGACAGGAUGCUUCAUGAGGCUGAACUAAAGGGCAAAGGUCAGCAUUAACAGGAAUGGAGGCUCACCACGGACCAGGUUUGCUGCUUUGACACCCACGAGAGGAUUGCCGGAUCUGACAACUUCAUCUACAUUUCCACUUACUAAAGCGCUGAAAAGGCAUGCAAUGGAACUGACAGGACAGUCUCUGGAGAACUGGUUUUCAUAUGCAGGCAGCUGCUCUUCACAGUAUUAUUUAGCAAUGGCUUUUGCUCAGUAUACCACAGUGUUGCCUUAUUACACGUUACAGCAAUGCCCAAGUAGGUAACUGUUUGGUGGUUUGCAAACCAGGCGAUGCCACAUAAUCAAACUAAUUGAACUUUUUCGUUAUUUUUUUUUUUUGUCUUUUAUUUGAAUGCAAACUAAAGUACUGUUUAUAUUCACCAUUUCUCAACAAAGCAUGCUUUUCUUUCAGAUCUGUUUAUACUAUUCCAUUUGUAAAACAGCUGCAAAACGAAAUUUUGAAUUAUUCUAAAUGAAGUUUUGUUUACAGCAUCCUGUAGAUACCCCUCUUUCUGCACUUCGGGUCCAGUAAACGGUCAGAAGUGCUCGUCACAUAGUCAAAAAGUCUCUCCACUUUCAUGCUUUUCCAGUGUAUAGUUAUUGAGGUGGAGUUUAAGGCUUAAACUUUUUUAUAUUUCUGUCACUUUUUAUAGUCCUUAAUGAUUAAAGCUCUAUCAGGUACUAAUAGUGAUUUUUUUUUUUUAAAGCUUGAGCAAUCUAUCAAAUCUGCAUUCUGGCAAAGAUUUUUAGCUGAUUCUUUGAGCUUAAGUAUUCGUUUUAGCAUCAGCAUCAUUUCCAGUUGCAUGGUGGUAGCUAUUUUUAUCCAAAAAGCCCAACAAAUGUUAAACCUAACAACAAAGAGUAAAACAUAAAUCAAAUAAAACAUUUCACAGCUACAAAGUCCUAAAAUAUUUCCUUCAGGAGUUUGUGAAUACCAAAAAAAAACCAAUCAACACACAAUUUGGAUGCUGGAAGUUUACUCAUCAGCUGAAUGUUGCUCAGUAGUCGUUUAUGUAGCAAACAAAUACACAAUUUUGAAAGCCAAUAAUAUACAAGCAGGGUCUGUUUUUGAAAUGCACAAAGUGCCAAAAAAUGUGUUUGUUUCUUUCAUGUGUGCAUCCUUUAAACUGCAAAUCACCAACCUGUGCUUACCGUGGGCUUCUAUAUUUAUGCAAAAAUUAUAAUAAUGUCAUUAAAUAACAAGUUCUGGAAAGAGUUAACAGUCACCCCUGUUGACAGAUGAAGUGAUGAUGAAGAAGAACAGAUGAGUAUAAACAGAUGGAUGCAUGGAGGCCUGCCCUGUAUGAUUUAUAACUGUGGGUCUGUCAGUGUUUACUGCCAAAAAAAUUGGCUUGUUUCAGCAAUAACAUGCAUACACACAAUCUCACUCACAUCAAAACAUCAGACCAACUACAAUGGACCUUUCUCCCACAUUUUACCUCACUCUCAGUGGAAUUUCAGCUUCACGGCUGCUUUCAAAUCCAAAAACUUUGUACCUCCCAGGUUUCCUCGUCAUUGCUUCGGAGCCAGCAGAAGACAUGGAGCGGCAAGCUGGAAAAGAAUACACGCAGAAACCUGAACACACCCAUGUUUUAUAUUUGAAGUUUGGAAAGUUUUUUUAUCCACCUUAAAAAUCUGGCAAUCUCACAAACCUCAAAAGACUGAAGUUAAAUUCUCUCCAGCCUUAAAAUCUGUGAGCUGUCUUAGAUUUGUCCCACUUACUUUUUAUGAAAAUCAAUCUGCAAACUUGGUGUCUGGAUCCAAGAGAGCAGAGGAAAAAAUAUUUUGGAGAUGAACUUGACUUUGUUCUGCUGCGGCCAAAAAUGGUUUUCUCUGCCCCAUGUCUAAGUGCCUUGGUGUUUGUCGAGGUUUUUGCUUUAAACCGCAAUCCUGCCACAGCAAAACAGAAAUGACGAACAAAAAGAGGGAGUCUAGGGGAAGAGAAAAUGAGGUGAUAAACCAGAUUCAGCAAACUGAUGUAAGUGAGAAUGGUUGAUGUGUUUUUCUUGUAUUUUCUGCAAGUAUUGGCAGGGUGACUCAGGACUCGUGCAUAAUCAGGUUAUAUCAGUGUCCUUUGGCUAGCUGAUCACAUUAAAUCAUCACAUGUGACAUCUGCAUUACAUUACAUACCUCCAUCGUGUCUAGUGAAAGGCAAUGAAAACUCUGGGCUGCUGGGCUUUUCUUUCAUAAUCACUUUAAUAUAUGCAACAACAUCUGUAUUGUUGCUCAUUCUAUUUAAUGAUAUAAAACAUAUUAGAGGUCAAAUAGUUUGUCAGCUAAUCAGUACAUUAACAAAAACUCUUCACAUUAUCUUCUUAAACUUUCUGUGUGACAGGAUUUUGUAUUUUUUUAAUAUUUUAUAGAAGAAACAACAAAAUAAUCAUUAGAUAAAUCACUAAUGCCAAUAAAUGUUUCAACAAUACAGUGUUCAGACCAAAGUUUUGCCACAAAUACAGUUACAACCAAUAACUGACAUCUUCUUUUGUUGUUGUUGUUUUUCUACAUUAAAGCAAAGGUAAAUCUUUCAGCUGCAGGUGUGUACAAGCAGCAGUAAGUUUGUACCGCACACAGGCUUUUACUGCCAAGCAUGAUGGGUUUGUUUUGUUUUUUUACCUGUUCUUAAAAUAUUUGAAAUAUUGUAUUUGCAUCACUUUGCAUCUUUGACUUUCUAUUUACUCUGCAUAAAAUCAAAAUUUGCAUAAGUUUAAUCUGGAAAGUAGACCAUUAGAUUGUAUAUAAAAGUGAGCAUUGUGGCCAGUGGCAUUACUGUUUUGGUCUUUUUGAAACUAGCCAUGAAAAGCAUGGGAGGAUCUGUCU